CUGGUGAACUUCCGCCACAGCGGAGAUUUUUUUAAAUCCUUUUUUACUGAAAGGGUCACACGUCAGUCCGCCAGGCAGACACACACAUACACACACUCUCACACACACACAUAGGGAGAGAGUGUGCGGAGCAGUUGACGUCGCCUCCCCUUCGCGUGUGUUUUAAGCAGAUUGAAGAUGGCGACCAGCUCGGAGCGCAGUCCUCCUCCGUUCCCCGACUCCGAGGACCACGAUGUGCUGGACUCAGAGGAGGUGGGAGGCCGCGAUAGCGACGAAGACGACGUCGGGGACGAGCUCUUCACGAGCGCGGUUAACUCUCCACUGACUGAACAUGGCAGCACGCCAUCACCUGCCAGUCAACCCAGCGACGUUUCAAUGAAGCCUCCCCGUGACAUCAUGGAUGAUCCCUUAAUCGAGCCCCUCAGCAGCCAAACGGAAAACAAACCGACGAGUGAAGAUGCAAGCGAGCCCUCGGAUGACUUUGUCGACCUUACGGGCAACAUAACCGAUUCUCCCGGAGACGCGGCCACGGACGCAACUGAGAUCCCUUUAGACGAACCCGCCGAUGAUUUUGUUGACCUAUUUGGAGGUGAAGCUGAAGCUCCGCGAGGGAAAGUAGUGGUGGCGGACGUUACUAUUGAAACAGCAGCACAUAAGAGGGAAGCGGCCGAUGAUGUCACCGAUCCACCCGGAGACAGGAAAACAGGAAGCAAUGAUGAGGAACAGGAAGCAAAAGAAACGUCCACAGAUUCAAUUAUCGACCUCAGCGAUGAUUUGCCAGCCGGUGACUCACAACAGCCGCCACCUGCCAGGGACAGAUUCGUUGACCCACUGGUGAACCUUCUAAGUGAUUCUCCAGCCGCUGCUGAUGCCAAAAUCCCCAGCCGGGCCACAGUCGAUCUGUUCGAAGACGAGGGAAGCGACUUUUUCGCGGAUCCUCGGCAGCAUAAAUCUGCCCAUCAGCCACAGAAAAGCCUCUUCGGUGAACCUGACGAGGAUCUGUUCGGCGAGCCGCUCGGGGCCGCCUCGAAGAAACCCGUCAGCAAGGAGCCAAGGGGAAAGCCCGUCGCAACCAAAGCCGGCAGUAACGUUAGCAACACAGGCGGCCCGCUACAGGAGGCCGCUGAUCUCUUCUCUGAGGAAGCCGUCACUGCAGUGCCUGGCAUCAAGAACGCCAGCACGGUCAACUCCAAGACUAACGGGGUCCAUUCUGAGGAGGAGACGGAUAUAUUUGCCGAAGCCACCGUGGAGCUUUCUCUGGACAGUCCGCGGGACGAGAGACGGAAAGACGUGUCGGCCAAACCGUCUGCGUCCGCCUCCGCCUUGUCAGCAGCUGCCAGCUUGGCCAAGUCCCAGUCGGCUUCCCUGGAAGAGUUGGAUGAAGAAGGAGGAGAAGAAGAGCAGGAAGACGAAUUUGAGAUCUCCAUCUCUGUCAAAGACCCUGAAAAAAUAGGUGAUGGGAUGAAUGCCUACAUGGCCUACAAAGUAACCACACAGACCCAGCUGGCCAUGUUCCGCAACAAGACCUUUACAGUGAGGCGACGGUUCAGCGACUUCCUCGGCCUCUACGAGAAGCUGUCUGAAAAGCACGGACCCAACGGCUUCAUCGUGCCUCCGCCCCCCGAGAAGAGCAUUCUGGGUAUGACGAAGGUGAAGGUGGGAAAGGAAGAUUCCUCAUCUGCAGACUUUGUGGAGAGAAGAAGAGCCGCUCUGGAGAGAUAUCUCCAGAGGGUCGUGAAUCACCCGUCUCUUCUCCAAGAUCCGGAUGUUAGAGAGUUUCUGGAGAGAGAGGAACUUCCCAGAGCAGUGGGCACACAGGCUCUGAGCGGCGCCGGCUUCCUGAAGAUGAUCAACAAAGCAACAGACGCCGUCAGCAAAAUGACCAUCAAGAUGAACGAGUCGGACGUGUGGUUUGAAGAGAAGCUGCAGGAGGUGGAGUCUGCAGACCAGCAGUUCCGGAAGCUCCACACGCUGGUCGAGUCUCUGGUCGUUCACAGGAAAGAGUUGUCGUUGAACACAGCCAGUUUUGCCAAAAGCACGGCCAUGCUGGGCAGCGCAGAGGACAACACCGCCCUGUCCCGAGCUCUCUCCCAGCUGGCAGAGGUGGAGGACAAGAUGGAGCAGUUACACCAGGAGCAGGCUGCUAACGACACUUUCAGCUUCGCCGAACUCAUCGCGGAUUACGUCCGCCUGCUUGGAGCCGUGAGGGGGUCGUUUGAUCACCGCAUGAAGGCGUGGCAGCGCUGGCAGGACGCUCAGGCCGCUCUGCAGAAGAAGAGGGAGACUGAGGCCAAACUGCUGUGGGCCAACAAGCCCGACAAACUGCAGCUGGCCAAAGAGGAGAUCGCUGAGUGGGAGGUUAAAGUGACGCAGUACGAGAGAGACUUUGACAAAGUUUCUGCCACUGUGCGCAAGGAAGUGAACCGCUUUGACAAAGAAAAGGCCAAGAACUUCAAAAGAGAGAUAAUUAACUACUUGGAGUGUCAUCUGCAGUCUCAGCAACAGCUCAUAAAGUACUGGGAGGCUUUCUUACCAGAAGCAAAAGCGAUCGCCUGAUUCUCGAGCAGCAGGCUUUCGGACGACUUAACGGGCGGCCUUUUUCUUAUACACUUUACCUCUUGCCUUUUGAACCAAGGAAAACGCGCGCAUUGUAAAGGGAGAUACAAUCAACCUGUUUUUUUUAAUCACCUUUAACAUAUAGCUCUGUACUCUAUUGUAUUACUAAUUGUAUAUUUCCAUUUAACCUUCCACAAAUAUUUUCUUAAAAGAGAAGUUUGCCUAUACAACGAUAUGGACACAGGAGAAUAGAUGAAUGAUUCCAGUAGUUUCCAGGAGAGACGGGAAGCGAGUCCGUCGUCCUCAGGAUGAUGCGAUCGGGAGCUUCUUCACAUCCGCUCUGGUUAAUUGUUUACAGGCUGCUCGCUCGUCAAAUGUUUCUGGGGACCCAGAGAAAGAAAGUGGCCGUGAUUCUCACUGUUUUCUACCACUAAAAGGGAAAAAAAUGAGCACUUACCAGGUGGAUGAAGUACUUAAGUACCAGCCAUGUUUUUUUGUUUUGUUAAGUCUCUCAUAUUUGAAAUGCUAUUGAUGCUGGGGGGCGGCGGCGGUGUCUACAGCUGGGGUCAAGGGUUGCAUUGUAGGUCAGAGGUUGUGAGCUCAAUGUUUCAGAGAUGUCAAUCACAGUACAAACUUCACUCUUAUAACCACACAUGUCUGUGCCUUUUUCAGUCCAAAUGGUGUUUCUUGGUGUUUUCCACUUUGGGGCUUGGAGAACCACGCUGGUGUUUUCAUGCCUGUUUACUACAAACUUUUUCCCUUCUCUAUUUUCCUGCUUAAAACUGUGGAAAAAGUAGCACAUACAAAAAAGGAAAAAAGCAUCCGGUCUGUUGACUAACUGCAAAAACCGAGAAACAGCUGACACGUCGACCGUGUGCGACAACAUUCCUGAGCAAGUCUCAAAGUCUGCAGGUUCACGCUGAGGAAGUGAAAUGGAUGGAACGCAAACGCCGCCUGUUGGGUUGUGAAUUCUGCUUUAAGAUGUACUUGGCGGUAAUAUGCAAAUAAAAGAUCAUUUCAGUGUGUUAUUCUGUCAAAAACAAGUCUAUGAAAUGCCACCACGCCCAGGAGACGUCUUGAAAUGGUUUUAUCUGAGUAACCGUUGGAAUCUUGUUUUAUAUUUAGGUUAACUGUGGCGGUAUGAAGCGAUCUUAGUUUGGGUCCCAUCGGGAGUGUGUGAACGUGACGAUGUAGAUUUCAAAUUGCUCCACACACAAAAACAUGACAGAUUGAUACACUACGGUGAAUAUACAUCAACUGGGUACCAUUUUUAAUUUCCAAUGAUAUUGAGCAGAUAUGAAGCAGAUCCUUACAUUUGAGGAACUGGAACCAGCAACUGUUUUCUUUCUUUGCAUGACAAUAUAUAAUCAUCAGUACUUUAUUGGAUUUAUUGUGUGUGUUGAUGAGGUAUUCAUUUAAUCACUAAAUACUGUGACUAGUAAAUGGGCACAACGUACUAAAAUUUAUUAGAGUACUAAACGUAAUGUCAUGAUGAACCUCAUGCUGACAAGUUGUUUUGAUUACAGCUUAUUUUUGAUUACAGCUUUAAUUUCCCGUUUGCACACCUUUAGUUGUGUAGCGACGCAAUCAUUUAAUAUGCAGACGUUUUCUUUUGAUCAUUGGAAGCCGGCUGUUUUUCUGUUAGCCAGCACUCUGAUACGACUGGUUGUUUGUGUUAAUGUGCAAAGCAAUGUGUCAUAGAAAUUUCUUUUAAAACAAAUCAAUAAAAGUUGCACUGUUUACACUUGGAGAUUCCA